AUGGGCAAACCCGGGAAAAAGGCUGGAAAGGGAUUGCUCCCGCCUACCAAUGUCAAUCGUCGUGUCGAUGCCAACAAAACUAGUUUGCGAGACCAGAGGACAAUUAAACGAUUAAAAAUGUAUAAGUCCAAGCUUUUACGUGAUGAAAAAGGUAAUAUUGUGAAGGGGAGUGUCUUGCAGGCAUCCGAUCGUGUUGAACAGCAAAUGGUUCGUGUUGCACCUGAUCGUCGGUGGUUUGGUAACACUAGAGUUAUUGGUCAGGAAGCCUUGCAGAAUUUUUUGAAGGAAAUGGGUGCAAAAUACAGAGAUCCUUACAGUAUUGUUAUUAAGCAAUCUAAGCUCCCACUGAGUCUUCUUGAAUCAAGCGGGAUGAAUGAGGGCAGUGUUCGUCAGCAGAUGGAGUGGGAAAAAACCUUUGGAGCGAAGGCCAAUCGAAAGCGCGUUCGUCUGGAUACCAUUGAUAUGGAGGGGUUUGCAAAUAGGGCCGUAUCGAAAGGCGAGGAGUAUUUGACUGAGAAGAAGGGAGUCGAUCGAAAUCUUAUUAAUAAAGAAGAGAAUUUACGUGAUGAUCGUUCCAAAAAUAGGAUUUUAUUUAAAAAAGGUCAAUCCAAUCGUAUUUGGAAUGAGCUUUACAAGGUAAUUGAUAGUUCUGAUGUGGUCCUAUAUGUAUUGGACGCAAGAGAUCCAUUGGGAACUAGAAGUUCUUUCCUUGAGGAAUAUAUGCGUAAAGAAAAAAAAUACAAACACUUUAUUUUUGUAUU